UACAAAAUUGUCUUUGUUGGUGAUUCCGGUGUUGGAAAAUCUAGUUUUGUUCAAUGUUUUUGCACCGAUCAAUUUAAUAGUAGUUAUAGCGCUACUAUUGCUAUCGAUUUUCAAGUUAAGAAUUUAAUCAUUAAUGGAAUGGAAAUUAUGCUUCAAUUGUGGGAUACAGCAGGGCACGAAAGAUUUCGAAGUUUAACCAAAUCAUAUUUUCGAAAAGCGGAUGGAAUUGUCAUGGUGUAUGAUUUAAGUAAUCCAUUAUCAUAUGCCAGCCUACGAGAAUGGAUGUUUAGCGUUGAAGUAAGAAACUAUGCAACGGUCAUGAUUAUAGGAAAUAAAGCAGAUUUAGCCGAUAAAAAUCGACGAGUUCAGUAUAAAGAUGGAAUUAAAUUAGCUAAAGACAACGAUGCUCUUUUCACCGAGACUAGUGCUAAGGGCGCCUAUAACCUACAUGAAGCUAUGGUUGCUUUAACGACGGUUAUCAUGCAUAAAAAUCAAGAGACUCGG